UCGGCUCCGACAUGGAAGAUGGAUCUUCUAAUAGUACUAGCUGCUUCCGAAGGCUGACCGAGUGUUUCCUGAGCCCCAGAAAACUCCCAGGGACAGAAGAAUUCAGGAUCUUGCAAAAAAGAUACCAGGUGCGUGACAUUCCUCUUUACCUAUAGCACCUGCCACUUCUGGACUUGCCCAGCUCAUUUACUGCCUUACUGUUUAUUUCUCAUCUUUCCACUGUAAAAUGCAGGGCAGUGAGAGCCUGAGACCCAAGCUGUUUUGACUGUUAUCUCAGACUAUGACAGUGCCUGAGAUAUAUGUAGAAGGUACUUAUAUAUGAAGGUACCUACGUAUGAGAGGAAAUGUAAAGAUGAAAACUGACCCAAAGAAAAUGAAAUGUACCUGGCAGAGGUUACUCUGGGGUGGAGGCGGAAUGAAGGCCUUGUUGCUGGAGCUUAGAGUCAAGCAGAAUGCUGGAAUGUAAUGGAGCCACAGAGGCAGAUGGGCCAGAGCAGGGCUUUGUAAGUCAGAGGUAAAACUGCAUUUUACUCCCUAUAUAGGGGCUGGGGGCAGGCGGCAGCUCUUGGAAGGUUCUGAACCUGGUGUGUGCUAUGUUAUUCUCUCCGAAACUCAUCCUGUCCUGGAAAUAGGGAGUCCACAGAAGCCACUACAGUUGUCAAGACAGGAAAUGCAGGUGACACAGGCUAGGGUGAUGAGGAUAGCAGUGAGAUGUGAGGGCACAGGAGAUGUUCAGAGGCAGCAGGUGGACUGGACACAUGGAGCAAAGGCGGGGAGGACUCCGUGUGCAUGCCUGGAUGUCUGCAGGAAAGACUCCUACCUGGUGGCGCUGUUUCCAGGGAGAGGGGCCUGCAGAAGAGUAUGGGUGGCUCUAGGAUCAGAUUUGGGGGCUGGCAGUGAAAAGCCUGAAUUGCCUGCCUACUGCACAGUGCCGGUACAGAAGAGGUGAAGUCAGUUAGAGAUACAAAAUCUAGAAACCAGCAGACUGACCAGACUGGAGAGCAAAGACUAUAAUACCGGUGUUUAAAGUCAUAGGACCGGAUACCCACAGGGAGGCUAUGUAGAUGCUUCAUGUGAACUUUGUACAUCCCGAUCGACUCACAGGUAGAGUUGGUGGUUGAACAAUACCUUGGUGCAACGUAAGGGCUCCACCGAAGCUCGAGGAAUGAAAGGACAGCCCUCCAGAAGGCUGUGGUGUGAAUGGAAUUACAAAUAGAGAUUUGUGACUCUUUAGCACCAAGAUAAUAGUGGAAAAUGGAAAUCGGAAAUGAACAGUGGAAGUGAGACGAGGGCAAAGAAGGACAGACGUGGUAGAAGAAGGGAGAAGAACUGGGAAUGCCCUGAAUAGGAGAGGUCUGAGCAGGAGGAGGUGACAUGGAACAGAAUUUGCCAUGGAUCUCAAAGGAGGAACCUCAAGAUGGAAGAGGCCAGGUGCCCCAGAGGUCAAGCUUGACAGAUGAAAAGGUGAAGGCAUACCUAUCUCUUCAUCCCCAGGUAUUAGAUGAGUUUGUUUCUGAGAGUGUUAGUGCAGAGACGGUAGAGAAAUGGCUGAAGAGGAAACACAAUAAACUUGAAGAUGACUCAGCUCCUAAGGAAGUCAGCAGGUACCAAGAUACAAAUAUGCAAGGAGUUGUAUAUGAGCUAAACAGCUACAUAGAACAACGACUGGAUACAGGAGGAGACAACCAUUUGCUCCUGUAUGAGUUGAGUAGCAUAAUCAAAGUAGCCACGAAAGCUGAUGGAUUCGCACUGUACUUCCUUGGAGAGUGCAAUAAUAGUCUGUGUGUGUUCACACCACCUGGAAUAAAGGAAAGAAAACCCAGGCUCAUCCCUGUGGGGCCCAUAACCCAGGGCACUACUAUCUCUGCUUAUGUGGCCAAGUCCAGGAAAACAUUGCUUGUAGAAGACAUCCUUGGGGAUGAGCGUUUUCCAAGAGGUACUGGACUGGAAUCAGGGACUCGUAUCCAGUCUGUUCUCUGCUUGCCAAUUAUCACUGCUAUUGGUGAUUUGAUUGGCAUUCUCGAGCUGUACCGGCACUGGGGCAAGGAAGCCUUCUGCCUCAGUCAUCAGGAGGUUGCAACAGCAAAUCUUGCCUGGGCUUCAGUAGCAAUACAUCAGGUGCAGGUAUGCAGAGGUCUUGCCAAACAGACUGAACUGAACGACUUUCUACUAGAUGUAUCAAAAACAUAUUUUGAUAACAUAGUCGCUAUAGAUUCCCUACUUGAACACAUAAUGAUAUAUGCAAAAAACCUGGUGAAUGCCGAUCGUUGUGCACUUUUCCAGGUAGACCAUAAGAACAAGGAGUUGUAUUCAGACCUUUUUGAUAUUGGAGAGGAAAAAGAAGGAAAACCAGUCUUUAAGAAGACCAAAGAGAUAAGAUUUUCCAUUGAGAAAGGAAUUGCUGGUCAAGUGGCAAGAACAGGGGAAGUCCUGAACAUCCCAGAUGCCUAUGCGGACCCACGCUUUAACAGAGAAGUGGAUUUGUACACAGGCUACACCACCCGGAAUAUCCUGUGCAUGCCCAUCGUGAGCCGAGGAAGCGUGAUUGGGGUAGUACAGAUGGUGAACAAAAUCAGCGGCAGUGCCUUCUCCAAGACGGACGAGAACAAUUUCAAGAUGUUCGCUGUCUUCUGUGCCCUGGCCUUACACUGUGCUAACAUGUAUCAUAGAAUUCGUCACUCAGAGUACAUUUACCGGGUAACUAUGGAAAAAUUGUCCUACCAUAGCAUUUGUACUGCAGAAGAGUGGCAAGGCCUCAUGCAUUUCACACUCCCUGUACGACUCUGCAAAGAAAUCGAACUAUUCCACUUUGACAUUGGUCCUUUUGAAAAUAUGUGGCCUGGAAUUUUUGUCUAUAUGGUUCAUCAGUCCUGUGGGACGUCCUGUUUUGACCUUGAAAAGUUGUGCCGUUUUAUUAUGUCUGUGAAGAAAAACUACCGGCGAGUGCCGUACCACAACUGGAAGCAUGCGGUCACGGUGGCACACUGUAUGUACGCCAUCCUCCAGAACAACGACGGGCUCUUCACUGACCUUGAGCGUAAAGGACUGCUGAUCGCUUGCCUGUGUCAUGACCUGGACCACAGAGGCUUUAGCAACACCUAUCUGCAGAAGUUCGACCACCCCUUGGCAGCUCUGUAUUCCACCUCCACAAUGGAGCAGCACCACUUCUCCCAGACGGUGUCCAUCCUGCAGCUGGAAGGGCACAACAUCUUCUCCGCCCUGAGCUCCAGUGAGUAUGAGCAGGUGCUGGAGAUCAUCCGCAAAGCCAUCAUCGCCACGGAUCUUGCUUUGUACUUUGGCAACAGGAAACAGUUGGAAGAGAUGUACCAGACCAGAUCGCUAAACCUUCAUAAUCAGGCACAUAGAGACCGUGUAAUUGGCUUGAUGAUGACAGCCUGUGACCUUUGUUCUGUGACAAAACUGUGGCCAGUUACAAAGUUGACGGCAAAUGAUAUAUAUGCAGAAUUCUGGGCAGAGGGUGAUGAAAUGAAGAAACUGGGAAUACAGCCCAUACCUAUGAUGGACAGAGACAAGAAAGAUGAAGUCCCACAAGGCCAGAUUGGAUUCUACAAUGCUGUGGCCAUACCCUGCUAUACUACACUGACCCAGAUCCUGCCUCCCACAGAGCCUCUCCUCAAAGCCUGCAGGGAUAAUCUGAGUCAGUGGGAGAAGGUGAUUCGAGGGGAGGAGACUGGAUUGUGGAUCUCAGCCCCAGCCCCAGCCACAGCUCCAGCCCUAGCUCCAGCCCCAACCCUAGCUCCAGCCCCAGCGGCCGAGGGGACUUCUGAGAAGCCUCCUGUGAAGGAUUGAUGGUCACACCCCAGGCGUCCCACCCAACGGUUCUCAUCCUGCUUCUUUGGCGCUUUUACCUUUUAUUUUUGCCUGGGAAAACCUACACCUGGUAACUGCAGGGCAAACUCUUGGAGAAGGGAACAUCAGUAUCUCUUUGGAGCAGCCAGCUUCCUGCCAAGCUCAUGACACGUGCCACAGGCAGUGAGCAGCCAGGAUCGCCCUGUGUUGAACGGCAGCAGGCCAGCAACUCCACUGGACUCUCGAGCCCCCUUUGUAACAGGCUAACCUUGUGGAGGCCUUACUGGGAGGGGAAAGAGACCACUCUGAAGGGUACUCCCCCUUGUUCCUUUCCACAAGGGUGUAAAUGGUACUAUUCUGGUAUUGUACUUUGGCUUUAACACCAAUGUUGCUUUGUUAUUGUUGGUUAUAAAUAGGGUUCUUUUACACAUUACUGUUGUGAAUGUUCGUGUGUGAUCUUCAUAUGGUUAACCUGAGUUGUAGCCCACAGCCUCAGGACAGUGUCAUGAAGGGGGCAGAGUAAGAAGUGAUAGGAAAAAGUCAAAUUCUUGCUCCACGGCCUCAUGAUUUCGGGUGGAUCAGAGUGCGCUCUCUUAGGUGUGUUAUAGCGGAGGGUGCAGGAGAGUCCCUUGCACACUAAAGGACACGGACUUGUCCUGUGAAGAGAUCCAGGCACACAUCCGCAUAAAUCUGAGCACUUCCACUCUCAGUUCAAAAGAUGUCAAGGAAUUUUCCAAACUUUUUUCUUCAUAGUAGUUGUGGUAAAUUUACCGAACCCUUUGCAUAAAGAACAAAAAUAAAAACAAGGCACACUAUUUUUUUAAACAAGUCUUGUGGAUAUAAAAUGUGAACUUUUAAUAAUGAUUCCAUGUGUACCUUGUGUCAUGGCAACAUUUUUGACUCACAUUCAAAAUAAAAGGUUUAGUCUAAAAGUUAUUUCAUUAAAACACCAUACAUAUUCUUAAAAUCAUAUUACCCUCUCAAGUGUUAGUCCUGUAAUUUACUCUGGGCAGCUGCUUUGGUCCCAUAUGACCCUCUGUCUCUGCCCCAUCAAGCCUGGUGGCCACACUCUGUAGCCAGCAGGAGAGGCAGCCGUGCCACCAUAAUGUCCCUUAUUUUUGUCCCCUUCUGCUUUUCUCACAGGUCAAAUAUCCACUGAGGAGCCUACGGUUUGGAUGGUGUCUUGUGCAUGACUUUUGGCAGAUUAAUGCUACCGUGCCGUGUCAGUAGUGUUUAGU